GAUACAUCCUACAGGAUCUGUUGGGUGCAGUUUCCAUCGUUCGGUUGUGGUUUAAAACCGUUGUUCUCUGCCAAACCGUUUACCCUCAGAGCCCGGUACCCGUCAGUUUGUACGGUUCUGCCCGUGUCCAGCAGCAUUAGCUCGGUGUUACUGGGGUUUUGAGGUGAAAUUAGAGGAAUAAUGUCGUCGGGAAGCCCUGAAUACUCGUCGUUCUUCGCAGUGAUGGGCGCAUCAGCAGCGAUGGUCUUCAGCGCGUUGGGCGCGGCGUAUGGCACAGCGAAGAGCGGCACGGGUAUCGCUGCCAUGUCCGUGAUGCGUCCGGAGCUGAUCAUGAAGUCCAUCAUUCCUGUGGUCAUGGCGGGAAUCAUCGCUAUAUACGGGCUGGUGGUGGCCGUCCUCAUCGCCAACAGCAUCUCAGACAAGAUCACUCUGUACAAGAGUUUCUUGCAUCUGGGUGCAGGUCUGAGCGUGGGUCUGAGUGGGCUGGCGGCUGGUUUUGCCAUCGGCAUCGUGGGAGACGCAGGCGUCCGUGGCACUGCUCAGCAGCCGCGCCUCUUCGUCGGUAUGAUCCUCAUUCUGAUCUUCGCUGAAGUUCUGGGUCUCUACGGCCUCAUCGUAGCCCUGAUUCUCUCAACCAAAUAAACUGGCAGUCAGCAUGCUGCGCUGCCAGACCGCAAGACGGGCACAUGGAACAAAAAGGAAAAAAAUAAUAGGUACCUUAAAAUUAGAUGAAUUGAGAGGUGGGGAAAUAAUCCUACACAUUAUAACAGGCUCUGCGUUUGGUUUUAUCUCUGAAAGUGUACAGUCGUCUCAGUUUGAUCGUUUUGAUUUCUUGUAAAUGCGGUAUAUAGUGAUUUCGUCCUGUGUCUGUGAAGAAAAAAAAAAUCUAUAAUAAUAAUAAUGCUGUAAUAGAUCUCAUUCUCUGUUUGUUUCCACACCCCUCCUGCCUAUCGAGCUGUUAGCCAAUCACGCGUUCUCUUUCGCUCCCGUCAUGUUAGAGACGGAAACGCAGGAACGCCUCUGGUUCCUGUCUCUUCCUGUCACGUGAUUUGGGAGUUUUAUACAUUUCCACAUUGGUGUCAAGAAGUGUUUGUGAAGUGGAAAAACGCACUGGCGAAUCUGUAUGUGGAAUGGAGUAGUUUUUGUUAGUGUCCUUUUUUGUUUUCCAUUGAUUUAAUUUAUUGAGAAUAUUGUUCAUGAAAAUGUACUUGAACCUCCUCAAAUCCUUUGAAUUGAUAUUUAUAUAAACAUAUAAAUAUAUAUAUAAAUACAGAUAUAUAUAUAUAUAUAUAUAUAUAUAUAUUAGAGCUGCACUGGCCGGGGUUCUGGCGAGUGCAGUUGUCUGGGAGUAUUUCAGCUCGAUGUGUGUAUUUCUGGUUGUUUCCUGUGUAUAUCUGAUGUUUGGUUGUAUUAAAGGUGUGCGUGUGCCCCUCGACGGGUCUCACAACUGUAAUUUCCA